AUGAGGCUGGGAGUCGACAAGUGUGCGGUUCUCCAUGUAGAGAGAGGGAGCAUAGUCUCAUCGGAUCGUUUACCUGUAUCCGAUGGGAUAAACCUUCGGGCACUCUCCGAGGGAGAAACAUACCGGUACCUGGGCAUGUCGCAAAAUUUAGGUAUUGACGUGUGUAAGAGCCUUUUGUCGGGCGUGAAUAAGACAAGGGCGUUUAACGGCUGGGCGAUGCCCGUCCUGUUGUAUACCUUCGGCGUGCUCAGGUGGACUCAGACCGAACUGGAUGCCCUGGAUAGAAAAGUCCGCUCAAUUAUGACCCUCCAUAGGAUGCUCCACCCGAAGUCCUCGGUAAUGAGAUUGUACAUUCCGCGGAAGUGUGGUGGCCGGGGCCUACUUAGCGCCAAGGUCAUGCACAACAGUGGGGUGUGCAGUCUCAGGGAAUAUUUCCUAUCGAGGGCUGACAGUGUGAUGCACAGAGAGGUCAUGGAAUGCGACAAAGGACUGACCCCGCUAGCCCUGGCCAGAGACGGGUGGCAAUCACCGGCGGUACUCAGUACCUCUGACCGUGAGGCCAUAUGGAAAGGGAAAGAGCUGCACGGACGCUUCUUUCAGGCACUGCAUGAGCCCCACGUGGACAAAGAAGCCUCCGUGCACUGGCUGCGAUUCGGUGACCUCUUUGGGGAAACCGAGGGUUUUGUCUGUGCAAUACAGGAUCAGGUUAUCAGGACGAACAACUAUAGGAAGCACAUUCUGAGGGAUGGGACAGCUGACAUCUGUCGAUUAUGCCGCCGACCGGGUGAAUCCCUCAGACAUGUCACCUCUGGUUGUUCUAUGCUUGCUAACACUGAGUACUUGCACAGACAUAACCAAGCAGCCAGAAUCCUCCACCAAGAGCUCGCCCUUAAGUAUGGCCUCAUCGAACAGAGGCUACCGUAUUAUAAGUACCAGCCGGACGCUGUACUCGAAAACGACCGUGCCAAGCUCUACUGGGACCGGCCCAUCAUUACGGACAGGACUAUUCUUGCGAAUAAGCCUGAUAUCGUGCUGAUGGACCAGACGGAGUCUCGGGUAUUUCUGGUGGAUAUCACCAUCCCCUACGACGAGAACCUCGUGCGGGCCGAGGCAGAUAAAAAGACCAAAUAUUUGGACCUGGCGCACGAGGUGACCGACAUGUGGAGGGUGGUAUCUACAGAAAUAAUCCCGGUAGUUGUGUCGGUGAAUGGUUUGGUCCCUAAAAGCCUCUCAAAACAUCUCGAGAGGCUUGGUCUCAACAAAAA